GGAGAGACAGCAAUUAAUUCUACAUUCAAGUAAAGUAAAACUUAAAUUAGAUUGAUUUGAAUUAUUUAGAAGGGAUUCAGAAAGUAACAUUUACAGGAUAAUAUUUCGAUAUCUAAAAAUAACACAAUUGUAUAACAGAAUUUAGGUUCUGGUCCACACUCCAUAGCAGUAGGUGGCGGUAAUGCUGACCAAACGUUUCUCGUCAACUGCUAAUAGAAAACAAACAAACAAAGGAGUAAAAUAAGAACGUAGACCUGUCUUGUGAGGCCUUAAGCUGCCAACCAGAGAACUGGAAGCGACAGCCUGCGAGGGAGCAGUUAGCAUCAGAGCUAACUGAGAAGCUAACGGCCAGAGAAGUUUCCUGUUAGAGGAAAAGGGAAAAAGUGACUUCUCAUUGAGAACACUGGACACUUAUUGGACUCUGGGCUGUUUGGAGGCUUUUCUCCGAGGAACUAAAGCGAGUCUGACGAUAUUUCACAGCCUGUUGUUCUCUUGGAAGGUUCUUGCUGAUCAAUCUGCCAGUGGCCAAGAGAGGAACUUCAUUAUUAACCUGAAGGAACCAAACACCAAAGACAUGAAAGAGGAAGAACCAGAACCUCAAGGAUUUAAAGAAGAACAGCUUGGACUGUGUAUCUUUCCAGAUGAAAAGCAACGUGUUAAGCAGGAGACAGAUACCUUUGUAGGGUUUUCUGCUUGUGACAAACUAUUUCAAGUUGAACCUGAACUGCAACAGAUGAACGUGACAAAGGAGGAACCAGAACCUGUAGAGAUUAAAGAGGAACAUGGGGAUCUCUGGAGUAAUGAGGAUGAGGAGCAGCUUGUAGUGAAGCAGGAGGCUGGCACCUUAGAGGUGACUCCUCUAGAUUUAAAACAUGACACAAAUGAACCAGAAGAGAAAAUUAACCAACUUCUCAAUGCAGACUCCCCUGAAGGUGAGAAGCAACAUCAGCAGGAUAAUAAUCAAGAAGAGUCAGGAUCAAACAGAGAUGAAGAGCUAAAGAGUAAAAAGAGACGUGAGAAAACCAAAAAUCACAGUGAUGGUUCAAAACUAAAAAGACAUAAAACCAAUAAACCUUGUGAAGUAUGUGGUAAAUGUUACACUAAAUGUAGAUGUUUGACUAAUCAAAUUAGGAAAAAAAGAGAGAAAUCUUUCCUGUGUGCGCUUUGUGGAAAAGGUUUCCCCGGUCAAAGUCAUUUGAAUAUCCACAUGAGAGCCCACACAGGGGAGAAGCCUUUCUCUUGUCCAACUUGUACAAAAGGGUUUUCCACUAAAAGUAACUUGAAUAUUCACAUAAGAACUCAUACAGGCGAGAAACCGUAUGCAUGUGAAACGUGUGAUAAAUCUUUCAGCUGUAGUAGUGGUCUGGCUUCUCAUAUGAGAACGCACACAGGUGAGAAGCCUUUCUCUUGUCCAACUUGUGCAAAAGGGUUUUCCAGUAAAGGUGGCCUGGGUACGCACAUAAGAACUCAUACGGGUGGCAUGCCAUUCGCUUGUGAAAUGUGUGAUAAAUCUUUCAGCGUUUGUAAUUCCUUAGCUGUUUACAUCAGAAAUCAUACAGGUGAGACAUUUUCUUGUCCAACUUGUACCAAAGGUUUUUCCUCUAAAGGUAACCUGAGUACGCACAUAAGAAUUCAUACGGGUGAGAAGCCUUAUCACUGUAAAGUGUGUGAUCAAUCUUUCAUCAGUGGUAGUCAUUUAGGUCGUCACAUGAGAACACACACAGGGGAGAAACCUUUUUCCUGUCCUACUUGUGCAAAAGGGUUUUCUCAAAAAGGUCACCUGUGUAAGCACAUAGGAACUCAUACAGGUGAGAAGACAUUUUCUUGUCCAACUUGUACCAAAGGUUUUUCCUCUAAAAGUAACCUGAGUAAGCACAUAAGAACUCACACAGGAGAGAAGCCGUACGCUUGUGAAAUGUGUGAUAAAUCUUUCAGCUGUGGUAGUUAUUUAGCUUAUCACAUGAGAACACACACAGGGGAGAAACCUUUUUCAUGUCCUACUUGUGCAAAAGGGUUUUAUCAAAAAGAUCACCUGAGUAGGCACAUAAGAACUCAUACGGGUGAGAAGCCUUAUCAUUGUAAAGUGUGCGAUAAAUCUUUCAUCUGUGGUAGUUAUUUAGCUGUUCACAUGAAAACGCACACUGGUGAGAAGCCUUUUUAUUGUCCAACUUGUGCACAAGGGUUUGCCAGUAAAAGUAACCUAAAUCAACACAUAAGAACUCAUACGGGCGAGAAGCCCUAUGUUUGUGAAAUGUGUGAUAAAUCUUUCAUCAGUGGUAGUUAUUUAGCUCGUCACAUGAGAACUCAUACAGGCGAGAAGCCUUAUCAUUGUAAAGUGUGUAAUAAAUCUUUUACUUCCUCUAGUAGUAGGAUUGUACAUAUGAGAACUCAUACAGGCGAGAAGCCUUAUCAUUGUAAGGUGUGCGGUAAAUCUUUCAGCUGUGGUAGUUACUUAGUUGUUCACAUGAAAACGCACACUGGUGAGAAGCCUUUUUAUUGUCCGACUUGUGCACAAGGGUUUGCCAGUAAAAGUAACCUAAAUCAACACAUAAGAACUCAUACGGACAGAAAGCCUCAACAUUGUAAAAUGUGUGAUAAAUCCUUCAUCGGUGGUAGUUCUUUGGCUCGUCACAUUAGAACUCAUACAGGGGAGAAGCCUUAUCAUUGUAAAGUGUGUGAUAAAUCUUUUACUUCCUCUUAUAGUAGGAUUAGACAUAUGAGAACUCACAGGUGAGAAGCUGUAUGCUUCUAAAGCGUGUGCUAAGCCUUUCAGAAACAGUUGUCAUCUGGACGAUCACAUGCUAACCCAUAGGUGAGAAGCCUUUCUUGUGUCUUGAGUGUAGAAAAUGUUUCUUCAAGCAAAGCAAUCCAAAAGCCCAAGAAUUGUCUCAUAACAAAUAAAGUAUUUGGAUUAUGCCUUCUUCAUCUAGUCACUCCUGGAUUGUAAUGGCGAGAGAGCUCAGAACUGCCUCCUCCGCUCCCUCCUCCCCCGCUGACAUCUGCGGAUGCUUUCUGAACUGUUGGCCUGUUGAUAACAUCAAGGACAAUGGCCUCUGCAGAGUGUUCAUGGAGAUAUAAACACCAAAAUAGACACACAUAAAUGAUGCUCACAACAACAGAUGAAUUUACACGCGACUAGUCUCAAAUGUUUUACAUUUCUGCUUUUAUAUGUCUCAUCUUAUUUGUGUUUACUUGUGCAAGAGGGUUUUUUUGUGAGAUAUCUCACACUGUACCAGAAUAGGUGGUGUUUUAUAGGUCUUUUUUUCUUUCCUCAUCUCCCCUAUUGUGACAUCUAUCUUUCCACAGAUUUAAGGGCAGCACCCUCUGGGCACUAUGUUAACAGUGUCCUUGGCAUUAUGGCCUUAGUAACCCCCCCUCCCCCCUCCGAAAUGUUUGAUGUAUGUGAUGGCGAUUGUACUGAAACAGCAAUUUCCUUCUGGGAUUAUUAAAGUAUUUCUGAUUCUGAUCAGAGAAAUGUAUUCAGUUAAAUUUCUCCCCUGUUCUGAAGGAUCCCCUGCUGCUGCCUUUUUAUUUUCCGGGCUUAAGGAAGGGGGAGAAAUACUUCAAUGUGACCUUUGACCUUACAAACUAGCAGCUUGGGUAUGCAUAACAACCUUUACAAUUGAGGAAUCAGUGAACAGCAAGAGUAUCAAUAGAUGGCUGGGUGCAUUUCAUCACAGAUAAGAUAGAGCUCGCAAAUUUAUGGUGAGGCUGUGUGGAUGGAAUUGUAAACAAUAAUACUUAAUUUCCAUCAUUACUAAAUGAAAAGACGGUGGUGAUGAAGUUCCAGCACUUUAUUGAGAAACAGAGCAGAGAUCACAUAGAUGGAAAGUAAAUCGCACCCCACGAUCCCGCUGCAGUCUGCCCCGUCUCUGCCAGUCUCGCUUUUCAGCUCCCCCUAAUACUGCACAGUGGCCUUGGCAAGAGAAGAAACAGAGACAGACUAUCCUAUACAAUAAUCAUUGCGUACAGUAUUUACCCAACAUUUGGUCUUGUAUUCAGCAAACAGUGGAUUUCAUAUGCAAGGC